AGCAAAGACGGUGCCCCCUCGCUGUUUUUCGCCCAAUCUAUCGUCGACUCAAAUUUCAGGUAUUUUUUAGAACCCUAAUCUCUCAAUUCAACAUUUCAAUUAUUAGAAUACUUUAGAUUCAUCAACAAUCAUGAAACUCUCGUUUUCUCUCAAUUCCAAAUCAAAUCCUAAACCUAGAUUUAAUCAAGAAGUAGAGAAAAACGAUACCAGACACGAGUUUGUGACUGAAUUUGACCCAACAAAACCCAUAGAUGAUAAACGAAACAAAAUCAUCAUCCCUCCAUUGGAAAACUCAUGGAAACGGACAAAUAAGAUGAAAAAUCUCGAAAGUCUUAUCAAACCUUCUGCUACUGAUGAUCCUGAGAGUCGGUUUGAACUAGAAGCAGCUCCAACUACAGCUGAAGUUGGAGAUCAGGGUUUCAAAUAUGGAUUAACUCUAAGAAAAAAGGAGGAGGAUGAAAACGGUGAUGUUAUGGUUGAGGAUAAUGGUGCUAAAUCUGGAGUUGUCGUUACUAGUUCUAUUGAAAAUUUGAUGUUGAAGAAAUAUAAAGAGGAUAUGGAGAAUUUGCCCGAGGAUCGUGGAUUUGAUGAGUUUAUCGAUUGCCCUGUUGAGGGUUAUGGCGAGGCUUUGCUUGCUGGGUAUGGGUGGAAAAAAGGACAAGGGGUUGGAAAGAAUGCAAAGGAAGAUGUCCAAGUUGUUAAAUAUGUGAGAAGAGCUGGAAGAGAAGGGUUAGGUUAUGAACCUGAAAUUAAUGAUAAAAAGAAAAAUGAGCGUCCUCUCCUUGUUGCUCCCAAAGGUAAAGAUGGGCGGACUCGACAUGUUGUUGGUAUCGAUGAGAAGCUCGUAGCAGCAGAACCCAAAGGGAUUUUCGUGGGAAGAAUUGUUAGGGUUGUUAAUGGGAGGCAUGUGGGUUUGAAGGGAAAGGUUGUUAGAAUAUUAGAUGAUUCUGAAUCAACUAGGGUUGUUUUGAUGCUAUUAAGGAGUGAAACAGAAGUUACUGUGAGAGAAGCUGAAGUUGCAGAGUUGGGUUCAUUGGAAGAGGAGAAUUGUUUAAAGAAGUUGCAAGAGUCAAAGACUCGAGGAGCAAAAGAUGAUAAAAGACAUGAUGACAGGAGGAGGGAUUCCUCGAGUAAUGGAGGUAGAGAAAUAAGGGAUUCGCGCAGUAGCGAUACUAGGGAGGUGAAAAAGAGGAAAACUGAAGGAGAAACACGAAGUGCGGCCAAACAUGAUAAUAGUGAAGUUAUCCAGAGAGAAAAAGAGAGGGGUGAACCUUCUUGGCUGAUUAGUCACAUUAGAGUUAGAGUAGUUUGCAAGAAAUUUAAAGGAGGGAAACUGUAUCUGAAGAAGGGAGAAAUAGUUGAUGUUGUUGAACGAAAUGUAUGUGAUAUUGCAAUGGACGAUAGCAAAGAGGUUAUUCAGGGUGUGAAGCAGGACAUCCUUGAGACAGUAAUUCCAAGGCGUGGGGGUCCAGUUCUAAUUCUUUAUGGAAAACACAAGGGGGUCUUUGGGAAUCUUAUGGAAAGGGAUACAGAGAAAGAAACCGGUGUUGUUCGAGAUGCAGAUAAUCACGAGUUACUCAAUGUUCGCCUUGAACAAAUUGCAGAGUACAUUGGAGAUCCGAGUCAUUUAGGAUAUUGAUCUUCCUUGACCAAGGUGUCAGGUUGUUUUUAAUGUGGAAUUAUACAGUGGAAAUGCCGAUUUUUCCAAGGAUUACCUCAACUCUUGAUGAAGGUGAGGAUGAAUUGGUCAGCAACAGGGAAACAUCCUUCUCAACUUCAGAAUGCUGUAAGUGGUUGUCAGAGCAGCAAAACAUAACACUUUCAAUCCCUUACAAACGCAUCUGGAAAAAGAAUGUGCCCUUCUAGGUACAAUUCUUCAUUUGGUUAGCAGUCCAAAAUGCAAUCCCAACGGUGGACAAUCUCAACCAAAGGGGGUGUGGACUCACCAACACUAAUUGUUACUUGUGUAAGAAACUGUUGAUCAUCUAUUACUAAAUUGCAUCCUAGGAAAGUAUUGGAUUAUUUCGUAAGAGUUAGAAGAAGGUAAUCCAAACUCUUCGCGAGAUCAGCUCGAAACUUGGAAUGACCCUAAAGAAAAAUUCAUGGGUCUUCAAAUCUGGCCAACACUACCAUUCGCCAGUUGUUGGACAUUAUGGAGGUAAAGGAAGCAAGGUAUGGCAAAUUGCAGGGGCAGAGAUCCUAACACUAUCAUAAACGAAGUUUAAGGCAUUAUUAUCUCUGGGGUUCUGGACCUGGCUGAUUCAAUUCAGUCACUUUUUAGGGAGUUAACUCAUUGGGAUGUAAUAUGACAAUGUGUAAUACCCCAUUGAUUUUUCUUUCAAUAAAAUUUUAACUUUCCUAAUAAAAAAAA